AUGGAUUCCCAACAACUCUCCCUGCUGUCCUCCUUGAAGGAAGAGUUGAAGCCUGAAGAUUACAUUCAGCCCCACUAUAAGGAGGCAUAUCGCCUUGCCAUUGAUUCCCUGGUGAAUGACGGCAGAGAGAGCUACCAGGAGUUCCUCAAGUCCGAGCGGAUAGGGAGCUUCCUCUCAGAAGAUGAACUCCACUUCAUCACUACAAACGCCUCACAGCCAUUGCCUAGCAACCACACAGAAGAAAUUGAUGGCCCAGCUCCGGACGUUGCGGCCAGCAAGUCUUCAACUGGAACGUACUGGCCUGUGGACUCUGACAUAGCAACACCUGACUUGGAGUUAGGGUGGCCGGAGGUCAUGCCUGAUAGACUGCAAACCAAUAUAAAUCUGUUCUUCCAUCCACCCAGACUAAACAGACCCACCAUCAAAGAGGUGAUCCGGAAACACAUUCAGGAUGCCAGACAGGUUAUUGCAAUUGUAAUGGACAUUUUUACAGAUGUGGAUAUAUUCAAAGAGGUGGUUGAUGCCUCCACCAGAGGAAUUCCAGUUUAUGUGCUUCUGGAUGAAUUUCAUCUGCAAAGCUUUCUCUUAAUGGUUGAGAAUCAAGACAUCCAAAUCCCAAAACUUAGGAACAUGAGAGUACGGACAGUGAAGGGUCAGGAUUACCUCUGUCGUUCAGGAGCUACAUUUCAUGGAGCAAUGGAGCAGAAGUUUCUGUUGGUGGACUGCCAAACAGUGGUGUAUGGAUCAUACAGCUUCAUGUGGUCCUAUGAGAAAAUCAACCUGAGUAUGGUGCAGGUCAUAACAGGCCAGCUGGUGGAGUCCUAUGACGAGGAGUUUAGAACGCUCUUCGCCCGUUCCUUCGUGCCAGCAGUUCUCACCCCUCCCGAGACCGUGCUACUAGAACGGAAUGGAAGACAUGCUCGGGCAAAGUAUGCUUCUGAAUCCAGACAAGCCUUUGAGAGGAAGGACCAGUUGAGACAUACCCUGGACACAGUGUACAGGAAAGCCUGUGAGAGACAGAUGGGCAUGACGAGUCAUAUCGGAGAGAUGGAGGAGAGACUUUAUGACAAGGAGCCAUUUGAACACAGACCCAUGAUAAAUCACGGCGAGAGUGUUCAAAACCGCAUCCAUCAGUUCCAGUCUGCAGAGACUGUGAACUUCCUGAAAAGGCACAGUUAUGCUGGGGAGAGACAAGAAGUCCCAUAUGUUCCACACAACACAAGGUAUGGGACAAGCAACUGGAACGUGGCUGGAGAUGGAGGUAAUCACUGUGCUCCUGGAAGAAGCCACUUUUCCAAUGCUUUGGAAGACCAUUCUCAGGGGGCACAGAUAAUCAGAGGUCGCAAUUUUCGCCAGUCCUACCACGGGAAUGACAAACAAGUCCGCUCUAUGCAGCAGAACAUGCCAACUUUGAAGAACACAGCUAAGUCCUUCUUGCGCACAUAUAGGAUUGAGUCUUACCUCAAUAACACUGAUGAUCCUAUUGGGGAAUCCUGUGACUAUCUGGACCAGUAUGAAGCACAGGAAAACAAAACUAGCUCAUUGAUUCCUUCCAGACUUAGGUCAUCCCUUGUUUUCAAGUCCACUAUUCCAGAGAAACCGGAGACAAACAGUCACUCAAACAACUCUUCCUCUUCCAUACGUCAGGUCGACCCCUCUGCAAAGCCAAAUAAUGCACCGUAUUACUCUUCAAUGCAAUUGCAAUGGAAUCCAGCAACAUCGAUGGAAAACAGAAUGAGACAAGAUGAAUACAUAAUGAAAAGGCGGAGUCUGCAGAUUUUGGAUGAUCCUAGGAAUAACAUUGGCUAUGGCCCAGGAAGAGACCCAUAUCAGUCGGUCUAUGCCUGCCUGGGAAGAACCAAAGAGGGACUGGUAAUGAAAGCCCCUGAGCUCCUUCAAGAUAACUGGCACAAAAGACACAGUGUGGCAGACUCAAAGACCAACAGUGACUACAGAGUCAAUAAAGAGUCCUCCAGUCACAUGUACGGUAGGGCCUUUGGGAGGAGUCAGCCAGAUGGUGGUGGAAUAAGAUUGGGUGCACAGAAUGGAGGAUAUUCUUCAAAUUUGAACAAGGAUCAGAGAUCUGUCUCUCAUUAUGACGUAAAAAACGUUGUGGACACAAAGCCUCCCUACAGAACUGUGUCUGCAGCAGCCAUUGAUAUGAACAGCAAAGAGCCUACCUCCAGAACUGUGUCUGCAGCAGCCCUUGAUAUGAACAGCAAAGAGCCUACCUCCAGAACUGUGUCUGCAGCAGCCCUUGAUAUGAACAGCAAAGAGCCUACCUCCAGAACUGUGUCUGCAGCAGCCCUUGAUAUGAACAGCAAAGAGCCCACUUACAAGUCCACCAGCACGACAUUGGGUUCACCACAUUUCCUCAAGAAGAGCACCAAGCAAAUCAGAUCAUUGCUCAAAAUACCGGAGAAAAAAGGGGGUUCCCCUAAAAGGGGUGGUAGCUCAGACACCAUAGUCACUGACGAAGAGGAGCGACCCCAUUCCUCACAAUCUGCAACAGGCCCUGCCCCCAUACACUCCCCAGAGAGGACCAAGAGCAUGUACUCUGCUAAAAGUAGCUUCACCAAUGAACAACACAACCACACUGGCCAGCAGACAUAUAGCCACCAUGAAAACAAACUGGGCAAAUUCAUGCAAAGAGUGGGGCAUUUCAUUCAAAAAAAUAAGUAG